AUGACUGCAGACCCGAAUGUUCCUAGUUCCAAUCCCGGUACCAUUACUGAACAUAAGCCUGCGCUUUUUUUUCUGCCUACAGCACUGUAUACAAAGGCCACAAUUAAGAAAGGAUUCAAUUUUCGUAUUCCGUCCACAUCUACAAAGGCCACAGUUACAGAAGGAUUUAAGUUUAGUAUUCCUGUAAAAGCACCAUUUACAACAGCAACAGUUAAUGAGGGAUUUAAGUUUGGUAUUCCUGUAACAACACCAUCUACAACAGCCACAGUUAAUAAUGGAUUUAUGUUCGGUAGUCAAGUAACCAAACAAUCUAAAACAGCCUCAGUUAAUGAAGGAUUCAAGUUUGGUAGUCAAGUAACCAAACAAUCUACAAAGGCCAAAGUUAAUGAUGGAUUCAAGUUUGGUAUUCCUGUAACAGCACCAUCUACAACAGCCUCAGCUAAUUAUGGAUUUAGGUUUGGUAGUCCAGUAACUACACCAUCUACAACAGCCUCAGCUAAUUAUGGAUUUAGGUUUGGUAGUCCAGUAACUACACCAUCUACAACAGCCUCAGCUAAUUAUGGAUUUAGGUUUGGUAGUCCAGUAACUACACCAUCUACAACAGCCUCAGCUAAUUAUGGAUUUAGGUUUGGUAGUCCAGUAACUACACCAUCUACAACAGCCUCAGCUAAUUAUGGAUUUAGGUUUGGUAGUCCAGUAACUACACCAUCUACAACAGCCACAGCUAAUUAUGGAUUUAGGUUUGGUAGUCCAGUAACUACACCAUCUGCAACAGCCACAGCUAAUUAUGGAUUUAGGUUUGGUAGUCCAGUAACUACACCAUCUACAACAGCCACAGCUAAUUAUGGAUUUAGGAUUGGUAUUCCUGUAACAGCACCAUCUGCAACAGCCUCAGCUAAUUAUGGAUUUAGGUUUGGUAGUCCAGUAACUACACCAUCUACAACAGCCUCAGCUAAUUAUGGAUUUAGGUUUGGUAGUCCAGUAACUACACCAUCUACAACAGCCUCAGCUAAUUAUGGAUUUAGGUUUGGUAGUCCAGUAACUACACCAUCUACAACAGCCUCAGCUAAUUAUGGAUUUAGGUUUGGUAGUCCAGUAACUACACCAUCUACAACAGCCACAGCUAAUUAUGGAUUUAGGUUUGGUAGUCCAGUAACUACACCAUCUGCAACAGCCACAGCUAAUUAUGGAUUCAGGUUUGGUAGUCCAGUAACUACACCAUCUACAACAGCCACAGCUAAUUAUGGAUUUAGGAUUGGUAUUCCUGUAACAGCACCAUCUGCAACAGCCUCAGCUAAUUAUGGAUUUAGGUUUGGUAGUCCAGUAACUACACCAUCUACAACAGCCUCAGCUAAUUAUGGAUUUAGGUUUGGUAGUCCAGUAACUACACCAUCUACAACAGCCACAGUUAAUGAUGGAUUUAAGUUUGGUAUUCCUGUAACAGCACCAUCUACAACAGCCACAGUUAAUGAUGGAUUUAAGUUUGGUAUUCCUGAAACAGCACCAUCUACAACAGCCACAGUUAAUGAUGGAUUUAAGUUUGGUGUUCCAGUUAUACAUCCAACUACAAAAUCCACUGGACUUUUUUCCACUACACCAUCAACAGACUCCGGCACAUCAACUGCUGGACCAAUAUUCAGAUCUUCAACAACACAAGGCUUCCAGUUUUCUUUCUCCAAGUCCCCAGUCAAAUCACAGCAGAUGCCAGUAGUCCCAGGUUCACCUGAGGUGGAUGAACAUGGAAUGUACAUCAACAAAGAGGGAGAUGACUCUCAUAUUCAUUUUGAACCAGUUGUUGCCCUUCCAGAGAAAAUUGAGGUAAAAACUGGAGAAGAGGAUGAAGCAAUUUUGUUUGAGUCUCGAGGGAAGAUGUACAGAUUUGUGUCUGGUGAAUGGAAAGAAAAAGGAGUUGGUGUUGUGAAAAUAUUAGAGCACAAAGACACAAAGAAGACAAGAGUGCUCAUGAGGAGAGAUCAGGUGCUUAAAAUUUGUUGCAACCACAAAAUAGAACCUGCCCUGAGUCUACAGCCCAUGGCAAAAAGUGAUGGCAAGGCCUGGGUUUGGUAUGUACUUGAUUUCUCAGAGGAUGGAGAUGAUGGUAAAAUGGAGCAGCUUGCACUAAGGUUCAGAAAUGCAGAAAUAGCAAAUGAAUUUAAGAAAGUUUUUGAGCAAUGUCGAGACAAUUCCAACACAAAUCAGUCUAGGACCCAAGACUCUGAGCCUGAUGUAUCCAUCAGGGGAGAUCAAUCAGUCCAAGAUGAAGAUGAUGACGAUGUUAUAAUCAUUCGUGAGGAAAAGCCCACAGCAGAGCAGAUCGCCAUGGCCAGAAAGUUCCUGUUGCCAGAUACAUUUUACUUGUAUGAAAAUAGACCACCAUGUCCUGGGUGUAUAGGCUGUGAAGAUGGGGAACUCCCUAAGUCAGUUGCUCCAGUUUCUGCUGCCAAAACAUCUGUCAACAAAAAAUUUAAAGAUAACCUCACAAGCACAAAGCCCCCAACACAACAGACAAUAUUUGGAGGGGCAGGCAAUCUGCCUGACUUUGCUAGUCUGACGUCAGACACACCCUCAGAUAAAAAGGAUGGCAAUAGUUUUGUCUUUGGGUCAGGGGCGUCUCUUGACUUUUCCAGUCUGGCAUCAAGCAAUAAAGCGGAAGAAUUUUCAUGGAAAAAAACCGACGCUUCAGCCCCAUUCAAGUUUGCUGGAGCUGGGCAGAAGUUGUUUGGUGUAGGGACCACAGGUAAAGAGGCUGCUGAUGACGGUGAUGAUGGCGGUACUGUGGCACCUCUGCCAGAUUUAGUGGAGGUCAAAACUGGGGAAGAAGAUUGGAAAGUUUUGUUCUGUCAGCGUGCCAAACUUUACAAGUUUGACGAAGGUCUCUAUCAGUGGAAAGAACGUGGCAUUGGAAAUCUAAAAAUCAUGCAAAACAAUACUAAAAAUAUGUUCAGAAUUCUCCAGCGCAGAGAACAAGUGUUGAAGGUCGCAUGUAAUCACCUGAUAUCAGUUGACAUGAACCUCAAGCCCUUGACCACAUCAGAAACUGCCUGGUGCUGGGUAGCCAAUGAUUUCACAGACACAGAGCCAAGCGUUGAGAGGUUUGCUGCCAGGUUUAAAACUAAAGAUAUCGCAAUGAAAUUUAGCAAGAUAUUUACUAGCUGUCAAGAAAAGCUUAGCACUCAGGAAAAUGUUCAGUCAUCCGCUUACGAGGAUGAAGAAGAAGAUGAUGAAGAAGAAGAGGACAGUGAAAACAUUCUGUUUGAAAAGAGAGUUACCUUAAGUUCAUAUGAGAAUGGAACACUGACGAGAAUUGGCCUGGGUAAUGUCCAAGUAAUGUACAAUGAAGACCUCAAUGGCAACAGUAUAGUCUUCAAAACAGAUGAUGGAGCCACAAGAUGCAGCCAUGUUAUCUGUCUGGAGCACACCAUUUCUUUUGAUCCCAAGCGUAAUGUCUGUGAAUGGAAGCCCAUUGACUAUUCAACAGAUGAGCCAAUCAGAAAACAUUUCUCAGCUGCAUUUAGUUCUCCACAGGCAGCUGAGGAGUUUGUCAAACUUUUUAAUGCGGGCCGAAAGCUAGCAGUAGAUUCUGAAAUCUCAGAAAAAGUGCCGACAGAUAUUGAUGAUCCAGAAAUUUAUUCCGCUGGAGGAAACUAAAAAAUGAAGGGGAAAUCCUUUAAAGAUUAAUUCACGAAUAGGACAAAACUGUACAGUGUUGUUUUUUUUACAAUAUUAUCCAAAUUUAAAAGUUGAUCUCAAUUGAUGAAGGAACACUAAAUAUUUGCAAUUUAUUUUACUCAUUUUUAUGGAUGUAAAACAGCUGUUUUACAAGAAUAACUUUUCAAAGAUAAAAUUGUUGAGAUGGCUUGAAAUUGUGUUAGGUUGAUUUCUAUUUUACUUUGAGGCUGUAUAUGAACCAACUAUGCUAUGCAUUAAUUUUUGUCUGUUUAAAUCCAUCCUGUGUUCACUACAGCUUGAGUUCUGGAAAUGUACAUGUUUUUUUCUGUAUUAUUUGGUAUAGAAAUAAAAUCACAGGUCUAUUAUUCCAUUUGUUAUGUAGCUAUUUUUAUAUCUCUGUUACUUACUACAAUGUUGCUAAAACGAAUUUUAUUUUUAUGCUCUUUCAAUAAACUAAAUAUUUGAGUCUUGCUAGAUGGAAAUUCCCUUGCUGUCUACAAAAGUAAAGAUUUUUAAUUACAUGUGGUUUUAAGCAAUGUAAUAAACACUUGAAACAAGAGUUAUGUCUAGGAAGUAUAGCUUAUUCACAGGAAAGUAAA